AUGACUUUCCACAUGGGUGCCAGCGUCCACCGCCGCCAUUGUUUCGUAACCUUAAUCCUCGCUACCGCCGUAGGCCUAAUGCUUUUUACGGUGGUGACAUCGGCGAGAGAUGCUCCCGGUGGCCAGGGUGCUGUGCACAACCGUUCACCGCUGCCCUACAACAUCGUCAAGCACGAAGUUCCUAGUGGUAAUAACCCGGUGUCGAACCGUUCACCGCCACCCUACGAUAUCAUCAAGCAUGAAGUUCCAAGUGGGCAGAAUCCGGUGUCAAACCGCUCACCACCGCCUUACGACAUCAUCAAAGUUCCAAGCGGGCAGAACCCGGUGUCAAAUCGCUCACCACCGUCUUACGACAUCAUCAAGCAUGAAGUUCCAAGUGGCCAGAACCCGGUGUCAAACCGCUCACCAUUGUCUUACGACAUCAUCAAGCAUGAAGUUCCAAGCGGGCAGAACCCGGUGUCAAACCGCUCACCACCGCCUUACGACAUCAUCAAGCAUGAAGUCCCUAGCGAUCAGAAUCCGGUGUCGAACCGCUCACCACCACCCUACGAUAUCAUCAAACAUGAAGUUCCAAGUGGCCAGAAUACAGUGUCGAACCGUUCACCGCCGCUCUACAAUAUCAUCAAGCAUUAA